AUGCCUCCCACAGCAAACGCCGCCGCCCUAAUCCGGCACACAGUCCUCCUCCGCCCCGCCAUCAUCACCACCGCUUUCUCCAAGACCUUCCCGAUGACAACCUCACGCGCCGUCUCCCGAUCCUGUACCGUCAUCCCGAAAGUCACUUCCCGCACCAUGGCCUCGUCGUGUUCCUCCUCCUCAAAAGGAGGCCUGGAAAAACUCCCCUCCUCCCCCGUCCGCCUCCUCCGCACCACCUCCUCCGUCCGCCUCUGGCGCCGGCCCCACCUCCUCGACCACCGCACCGUCGCCCUCGUGCCCACCAUGGGCGCCCUCCACUCAGGCCACCUCUCCCUCAUCCGUCGAGCCGCAAGAGAAAACCACCACGUCGUGGUAUCAAUCUACGUCAACCCCGCCCAGUUCGGCAUAUCCGAAGACUUGGACUCGUACCCGCAGACCUGGGACAGCGACGUGGCUCAACUAGUGAAACUCGACAGGGAACUCGCCGACGACGGUGAUAACCUAGGCCGUAUCUCUGCGGUGUUUGCCCCGAGCACAAAAGAGAUGUACCCCGGUGGAUUUCCCGGUCAGGAGGUCGACAGCAAGGGCAGUUUUGUCACCAUCACGCCGGUGGGCGAGCUGCUGGAGGGGAGGACGAGGCCGACUUUCUUCAGGGGGGUCGCGACGGUGUGCAUGAAGCUGUUCAAUGUUGUGCAGCCGGAGAGGGUAUAUUUCGGGCAGAAGGAUGUGCAGCAGACGGUCGUCAUAAAAAGGUUGGUGAGGGAUUUUUUGAUGCCGAUCGAGGUUGUGGUUGGGAGGACGGAACGGGAUGAAAAGGAUGGGUUGGCGUUGAGUUCGAGGAAUGUUUAUCUUGGGGAGAGGAGGAGACAACAGGCGACGGUGCUCUAUCGGGCGUUGAAAGCGGCGGAGGGCGAGUAUAAAAGGGGGGGGAGGAAGAGGGAGGGGAUUUUGAGGGCUGCGGAGGGGGUGGUGGAGGGGGUGAAGAGGGAGGAGGAGGGGAAGGGGGUGGAGGAGAGGGUGAGGUUUGAGGUUGAUUACAUCUCGCUGGCGGAUCCGGAUACUAUGGAGGAGAUUGAGGAGGUUGAUCCGGCGAGGGGGGGGAUUUUGAGUGGGGCGAUCAAGAUGUUGCCUGUUGAGAAGGCGAGGGAGGGGGAGGAUUUGGGGCACAGUGGGGGGCCGGCGGUGAGGUUGAUUGAUAAUAUUAUUUUGGAGCCCGAGGGAGGGAAGGAGGAAUAA